GUAAUUAAUCUCUACGUUUCUCUCUCUGCAAUUAUUCCUUGAGAGAAUCUCUCUCUAGAAUAUUGAGUAUUGCUGACUUGAGCGUCGGAGUGUUUUUCCCGAGGAAACAACCUCGGGAUUUUCAGGUGUGGAAGCAGUUAAGGACUUCAACAGUGUUGGACCGUGAAGCUGCCCAAACAUUUGGCGUCGUCUGUGGGAACUUCGAACAAGAAGUUGUGUGACUUAACCUGCUGAAAGACAAAAUGGUCCGUACUUUUACAGGAGGUCGCCCUCCAAGGAAUGAGAUGGACGAACAGGAGGACGCCCAAGUAUCUGAGCCCGGCAUGAAUGACUUUAGGCUGAUGCCAAGAAACUUUUUCAUCGGGGGAGCAGAACAGGAUCACCUAAGCGAAUCGGAUGAUGACGAAAGAACACCAACGGGGUAUGCAACCCAGCCUGAACAGUUUCAAAUUCCAACAGGAACAAGAUCAAAACCUCCUAGACCAUACAAUUCACAGCGUGAACGACCUGAAAGGUCAACGGAACCUGAUCGGACAAUCGAGCUCGAAGAGAGAACCAGAAUUCUGGAAAUUGCAAUGGGUAAAAUCCUUGCCCGCCUGAUUCCGGAUGACCCCCUGAUUCGUUUGUUGAACAGGGAUGCACAACCAGGUACGGUUGUUGCAACUCGAAACUCCCCUGCUCUAAGCAACGUAGUGGUGCCGACCAGGCCAAGGGGAAGUGGGAAGUUGAAUAACGAGCCCAGCUCGUCCAAGCAUAGUGAAGAAUUAAUGAGAAAAAACGCAGACCUUGAAAGGCAGCUGCGGGACGUACAGAAGUCCAUUGACGAGCUGAAAAGUCCCAGGUCGCACCAACAAACCCUUGAUUUGGAUAGUGCUCCAUUGAACUUAUCCAUCACAGUAGAACCAUAUCAAGAGGGAUUCAAGAUUCCCCACCUGGAGACAUAUGAUGGCUCGGGUGACCCAGAUGAACAUCUGCACACCUAUCAAGCCAUCAUAAGAAUCCAAAAUGCCAAUGAUGCCAUGAUGUGCAAAGUGUUCCUAGCGACACUGAAAUCAACAGCCAGGAGAUGCCAGAGGGAGAUCAAACGCACAGCAACCGAGCUAAUGCAAGUUAAUCAAAAAGAAGGGGAAUCUUUGAGGGACUACAUGCAGCGAUUCAACAAAGCCACGUUGGACAUUGAUAACGUCCCAGAUACCAUCUUCCUGUCCGCCUUGCUACAUGGUUUGAAACGUGGCAGGUUCCUAGACGACCUCCUAGAAAACCCACCGAGGACUUGGAACGAAGUGAAUGACAGGUCGGCUAGCUUCAUAUUAUCAGAAGACUUCCAGUCGUCCAAGCGACGAGUUGAUGAUAAGCAGAGCAAAAGCCAGGAACAGCCACUGAGAAGGGAAGAGAAGAAGAAACAGAAAGUUAGCGAACAGUGGGGGAAGCCCACUAACUUCCCCAAGUAUGCCAACUACAUUCCUUUAACCUUGCCCAGGUCCCAAAUCCUGGCGCAAAUACAUCAUUGGGUUAGAAGGCCCCCACCCCCACUGUAUGAGUCCCCAAGGGUAGACAAGAGCAAGCAUUGUGACUAUCAUCGUACUUACGAUCACAACAUAGAAGACUGCCAACAUCUGAAGGACGAGCUAGAGUUCCUGGCUCACAAUGGGAAAUUAGAAGGAUAUGUUCAGAAGCCCCACACCGAGCAACCCACUCAAACUCAUUUUGUACAGGGGUAUGGCCGACCUCAGGGGCAGAGGUACCAGCUCGGCAUGGCGCAGGAUGUAUAUCAGGACAAUACAUAUCCUUCGAAGCAGGGCAGGGCGUACAAGGGGCGCCCGUUCAACAGGAGAGGACAGGGGCAGAGGGCUACUUCCUAGAACCAAAAGGAUAAGAAAGGGAUAGGCUAUGUUGGGAUACCCCCGCCUUCGGGUAUAAUAAACAUGAUAUCAGGUG